AUGGUCAAUACCAUCUCAUUCGCCGCGCUUGUGUUUGCCACGACUGCCGCCGUGACUUCGGGAGCUUCCAUGCGAGCCGAGGCAGCUCCAAUGCCGGAUGGCUCAUGGCCCACUAGUCAGGGCAAUGAAUACCUCUCAGCGCCCUACACGGUCAAGAGAGGCGAGGUCUUCGAUGGAAAGAUGAAGACGUUCCAGCGGUCAAACGUCAAGUGCCGUGGACAGGCGGAGAGUGGAUGGCAAACUGCCGUGUUCGUUAUCCAGGCCGGCGGUACACUCAAGAACGUGAUCAUCGGUACGGAUCAAAUGGAGGGGUGCACUGCGAGCAUGGUGAUUGCCUUGUCCAGAACGUGUGGUGGAAUGACGUGUGCGAGGAUGCGCUGA